CGUAGGAGAGACAUAGGAAAUGAAGGCUUGAUCACACGCUACCCAAACUAACGUCUAGAAUCUUUUUCAACACCAGAACGACUAAGCGAAAUUGAGGAGAACCCUCUCUGGAGCCAUAUUCUAAAUAGGGACUAUUCAACAAAAGAUUUGCAGUCGUGCUCUUCUUGACUGAAUUUUUCUGCACCAGAAUUUUUCAUGGUCAAAGAGAGAAAGUCCUGGGAUUCAGAUAACCGUGAGAGGAAUUGUAAAUGAUGAUAGUAUAAAUGCAAGGAGUGGGAACAGUCACGCUUUUGUGUUGAAAUCUGGGACCCCGACACCGCGUCAGCUGGGACGGUCGGACGGUUCAAAGCGAUCUUAAGGAGGACUCCAGUUCUGUGCUUUCGGAUGGUGAGUGUCAAAGUGAAACGACAGAGAAUGUCGACUUAGAUGCUGUGCAGUCACUUCUCGCUAUGAGUCAGUGGUCGCCCCCUUACGCAGAAAGAAACACCCCAAGCCCCGACUCUGGUCUUUCUUCUAUUAGCAGAAAUUCGUCGAGCGCAUCACUGAGUAGUACCACUUCCGUCGAGGAUGAACCAGAGAAGUUCGAUAACAAAGUGAUUCAAACGACAGUCGAGCAACCAAUUCCUCGUGGGAACAGUGGACUUUGUACAACUGCUGGGAGCGGGUGUUUGGGAGCGAUUUCUACCACGACUGCACCAUCAGCUACAGUGUCUGGAUUGCCUGUAAAGGUCUUUCAAGGAGGAGUUAAUGUGAAUCAAGUUUUGCUCACAAACGGCGGAGGAAAUCUGCCAGCCGGCGCUGUAGUUGUACUUUGCCCCGUGGCCACAAACGGAACUCCAGCGGGAGUCAGCAACAUUUCCCAGUUACAGCAGAGAAAUUUUAUCGUUACUCAGGCAGGACUUCUUCCUCAGCUUCAAGGCCAGAAUCAACAGGAAAGCGAAGGUGCAAAGAGCCAGACCAAUCGCCGAAGAAAUCAUGUUUGCUCGUUUGAAAACUGUGGAAAAACUUACUUCAAAAGUUCCCACUUGAAAGCUCACAUGAGAACACAUACAGGAGAGAAACCAUUUCCUUGCACGUGGGAAAACUGUGACAGGCGUUUCGCAAGAUCUGAUGAGCUGGCGAGACACAGGCGAACUCACACUGGAGAAAAGCGCUUUGCUUGCCCUCUCUGUGGACGGCGGUUUAUGAGGUCAGAUCAUUUGACCAAGCAUGCAAGAAGACAUAUGACAGUCAAAAAAGUUCCAGGGUGGCAAUUGGAAAUGAAUAAAUUGAACCAGGUGGCUACAAACAUGCAGCCAACAUCUCUAAAUGUCUCCAGUGGCAAUGUUAUAAACACACAGCCUAUUCAGAUCACAAGCAACUCUUUGCCAAGCAUGGUGUUAGCCCCGUCAAGUAUGAGUACAACAACACACACAUCGGGAACUCUGUCGGGGAAUUCAUAGUAACUUGAUGCUGAAGUUCAGAGUAGAGCUUUCAGAAAGGGCCACCAGCUUAUGGAAAUAGACAAAUGCAUUGGCAUGGUGAAGUAUGCAAUAUCAUUACUACCAAGCAAGUAAAUGAACUGUGUCGGACCAGUAUGAAGGACAAUGCUAGUGUAAUAUUAAUACAUGUUGCAUCAGCCUUUCCCAAAGGCUAGUUCACAGUGUUAAAAAUAAUUUUUUGGUCCUGUUUUAUCUAAAAAAAGUGUCAAAGUUUUAUUUCCAAUCUGAUCCCCAGCCAGGAAACCACCAUGACCUCAUUUUUUUUUGUGUGUGUAUGUCUUAUUGGAAGCCAUUCUUUGCAUUUUUCUGUGAAUCUUAAAAAUAGUGACCUGUACUUAAGUGUGAUUAGAGCUCUGGAGAGAUGUGUUCUGACAAGUUCCAAAGAAGAGUUAAUUUAUUCAUUGUAAAUAUAAAUGUUCAUAUUCAGUUGUGCAAUGUUCAGUUAUCUUCAGAGUUUGGCCGUAUUUCUUGAUACUGCCUUAUUGUGAUAGCAAUGUGUGCUUAUAAAUUGAUAAAAAAUAUUAAGGCAAAUGCAAUAAGUGUAAAUAAGCUUACUAGUUAACUUCCUUUUGCUAUGCUUAACAUUCAAAAUGUUUAAGUUUACAAUUUAAUGAUUAAUAUAAAUUAUAGGCGUUACACGUAUACAUAUUUUCCUGCAAAGAAACACUACAGGUAGUUAAAUUUGUGUAACAUUCUGUAAUUGGGAGUUCUUGUAGUUUUACUGUUUUGUUGUUUAUAUUACGUCAAAGGUGCAGUCUACCUGAAAACUAAUAUUGCAAUAGUUAUUAAUAUAAAAAAUUAAGACAAAAGAUUUCACAGAGAAGUGUAGCAAUCUGUUUAUCUGCUCAUCAUUUUGAAUAUCUGACGAAUUUCAUACACAUAAAUUAUUUGCAACCCACAUUUAGUAAGAGAAUAUUCCAUUGACUAUUAAAGACAUUGCCUAUGUAAAUAUGAAGAAAAUAAUUUAUACUUUUUUAACGCAUCUUCAUGCCCAGCAAUGUUGUAAAUAAAGUGCUUUAUUAAAAGAAUUUUCUGUUCGAAA